GGGGGUCACAGACAAACAGCUCAUCUGGAGCUCCUUAACAGGCUACAGGUCGCAGGUUUAAACACCAAUCCAAGGAAUAAGGGAAGGCGUUUGCUGAUAAUACCGAUUAUAGUGCACUGGAAGUGGGGGUAAGGGGCGGAUUUCACGGAGGAGGAAAACAUGCCCCAUCCGACACUCUAUGGAGCCACGACCCCAGGUCGUCCACUAGGCGGGCGCUACGGGAGAGGAGCAAGCUGUCCACGGAAAGACCGUGAAGCCCUUAACACUCCAGGACUGGGAGAGUGCAGGGGGAGGAGGCCGAGAGGCGUCCAGCUCCGGGAUGGUGGCUUAAAAGGCCUCGAGGACCUUAUAGUUCUGGGACCCGGUUUUCUCCCAAAGGGCGCAGGUGCAACUGAACCACCAGCGUAAGGUCAGUCACAGGCCCGAAGCGCCGCGAACGAGCGGCUGGACCCGGAUCCCGGCCUUCCCAAGGGCCUUUGGGGCAGGCUCCAAGGCGAACGACGGAAGCAGCCGCUCUUGGUUUCCGGCAACACGAGUGCGGCUGCCGAGCGACCCGGAAGUGUUUCCAUUUUGCGUCGUCGGGUCUCGGCGGCGGCCGGGCUCGGACUAGGCGUACGGCGAUGGGGUCCUCAAAGAAGCAUCGCGGAGACAAGGAGGCGGCCGGGACGACGGCGGCAGCCGGCACCGGGGGCGCCACCGAGCAGCAGUCCCGGCACCGGGAACACAAAAAGCACAAGCACCGGAGUGGCGGCGGUGGCGGCAGCGGCGGCGAACGACGGAAGCGGAGCCGAGAGCGUGGAAGCGACCGCGGAAGCGGGCGGCGUGGGGCCGAAGCCGAGGCCCGGAGCAGCGCGCACGGGCGGGAUCGCAGCCAGGCAGAGCCCUCUGAGCGGCGCGUGAAACGGGAGAAGCGCGAUGACGGCUAUGAGGCCGCUGCCAGCACCAAAACUAGCUCAGGAGAUGCCUCCUCACUCAGCAUCGAGGAGACCAAUAAACUCCGGGCAAAGUUGGGGCUGAAACCUUUAGAGGUCAAUGCUGUCAAGAAGGAGGCGGGCACCAAAGAGGAGCCCGUGACAGCCGAUGUCAUCAACCCCAUGGCCUUGCGACAGCGCGAGGAGUUACGGGAGAAGCUGGCAGCUGCCAAAGAAAAGCGCCUGCUGAACCAAAAGCUGGGGAAGAUAAAGACACUAGGGGAGGAUGAUCCCUGGCUGGAUGACACUGCGGCCUGGAUUGAGAGGAGCCGGCAGCUGCAGAAGGAGAAGGACCUGGCAGAGAAGAGGGCCAAGCUGCUGGAAGAGAUGGACCAAGAGUUUGGAGUCAGCACCCUGGUGGAGGAGGAGUUUGGGCAGAGGCGGCAGGACCUAUACAGUGCCCGGGACCUGCAGGGCCUCACCGUGGAGCAUGCCAUUGAUUCCUUCCGAGAAGGGGAGACUGUGAUCCUCACCCUCAAGGACAAAGGUGUGCUGCAGGAGGAGGAGGAUGUGCUAGUGAACGUGAACCUAGUGGAUAAGGAGAGGGCAGAGAAAAACGUGGAGCUGCGGAAGAAGAAGCCUGACUAUUUGCCUUAUGCAGAGAAUGAGAGCGUGGAUGACUUGGCGCAGCAAAAACCUCGCUCCAUCCUGUCCAAGUACGAUGAGGAGCUUGAAGGGGAACGGCCACACUCUUUCCGCCUGGAACAGGGUGGCAUGGCCGAUGGCCUCCGGGAACGGGAGCUGGAAGAGAUCCGGGCCAAGCUGCGGCUGCAAGCUCAGUCCCUGAGCACGGCAGGACCCCGGCUGGCUUCUGAGUACCUCACUCCUGAGGAGAUGGUGACUUUUAAAAAGACCAAACGGCGGGUGAAGAAAAUUCGCAAGAAGGAGAAGGAGGUGACGGUGCGGGCAGAUGACUUGCUGCCUCUUGGGGACCAGACUCAAGAUGGUGACUUUGGUUCCAGACUGCGUGGUCGGGGGCGGCGCCGGGUGCCCGAGGUGGAGGAGGAGGCCCAGGAGGAGGAAGAGAAGGAGCCCGUGCCUCAGCCCCUGCCAUCGGAUGACACUCGAGUGGAGAACAUGGACAUCAGUGACGAGGAGGAGGGUGGUGCUCCGCCAUCAGGGUCCCCAGAGGCGCUGGAGGAGGAUGAGGCAGAGCUGGAGCUGCAGAAGCAACUGGAGAAAGGGCGUCGGCUGCGGCAGCUGCAGCAGCUACAGCAGCUGCGAGACAGCGGUGAGAAGGUGGUGGAGAUUGUGAAGAAGCUGGAGUCUCAACAGCGAGGCUGGGAGGAGGAGGAGGACCCUGAGCGGAAGGGGGCCAUCGUGUUCAAUGCCACGUCUGAGUUCUGCCGCACCUUGGGGGAGAUCCCCACUUACGGGCUUGCUGGCAACCGCGGGGAGCAGGAGGAGCUCAUGGACUUUGAACGAGAUGAGGAGCGCUCAGCCAAUGGGGGCUCUGAAUCUGAUGGUGAGGAGAACAUCGGCUGGAGCACUGUCAACCUGGACGAGGAGAAGCAGCAGCAAGAUUUCUCUGCCUCCUCCACCACCAUCCUGGACGAGGAGCCCAUCGUGAACAGGGGGCUGGCAGCUGCCCUGCUCCUGUGUCAGAACAAAGGGCUGCUGGAGACCACUGUGCAGAAGGUGGCCCGGGUUAAGGCCCCCAACAAGUCCUUGCCCUCAGCCGUGUACUGCAUUGAGGACAAGAUGGCCAUUGAUGACAAGUACAGCCGGCGGGAGGAGUACCGUGGCUUUACCCAGGACUUCAAGGAGAAGGAUGGCUAUAAGCCUGAUGUUAAGAUAGAGUACGUGGAUGAGACAGGCCGGAAACUCACACCCAAGGAGGCUUUCCGGCAGCUGUCCCACCGCUUUCAUGGGAAGGGCUCAGGCAAGAUGAAGACGGAGCGGCGGAUGAAGAAGCUGGAUGAGGAAGCGCUCCUGAAGAAGAUGAGCUCCAGUGACACGCCCCUAGGCACCGUAGCUUUGCUCCAGGAGAAGCAGAAGGCCCAGAAGACACCAUACAUUGUGCUUAGUGGCAGUGGCAAGAGCAUGAAUGCGAACACCAUCACCAAGUGAAGCUGACCUCUCUUCCCAUCCUUCCCCCAACAUUAAUAUUAAAUAAAGUUCCCUCCUUAUUUUUUC